UAUACAGGAAUUAUUGGCAGCUCUUUAUUCUCUCUCCUAUCCAAAACACUAUUGUCUUCUUGUGUUCUUUGGGGAAUAAGCCAAAUAGACAAUUCAAAAAUAUUAUUGAUGCUGCAAUGGAGGCAAGCCGUAGGCUCAACUCAAGAAAGGGAAGAGUGAAAUGGAUUAUUCCUAUGUCUCGGAUGCAAGUUGGGAGUUAUGAAUGUGGUUAUUAUGUAAUGUUGCAUAUGUUGAAUAUUGUUUCGGCGGUAAUUCUUGAAAUGUGGGAUGAGCGAUUCGUCAAUCCGGAACCAUUCUCAUCAGAAGAGAUUGAUGAAGUACGGACUCGUUGGGCAUCAUAUUUUUUAGAAAUGACGCAAUCCAUCAACGACACAUGAUGAACGUGUUUGUUUAAGUUUUUGAGUGAUGAUGUUAAACAAGUACAAUGUGUUAUUACUCUAGACUUGUGCAAGGAUUGUUUUAUUUUAACUUGUUAUUAUGUACUAAGUUGUUACUUGAACUUGUUUAACAUUUGUGGAAGAAUUGAAAACUAGCUUGUGUUAUUGUUUUAGAUGGAUCAAGUGAACAUGUGAAAAAUUGUGCUAUAGUAGUUGAUGAUACUGUUAAUGAUGUGAU